AUUAUAAUCCAUUUUGAGUAUAACCAUCAUUACCCGUUGACACCAUCCUCCAAAGUCGCGACUGCUUGCGAGACUCCGCAACGCUUUGCCCGUGUUGCCGCCGCGACGCCAUUUGCGAGCUAUAAGUAGUGAUAACAAGAGCGUUCGUCGCGCUCGUUUAAAAUGCGCGCGUUGCACAAGGGCGUCGCAGCGGGAGUGUCGACAUCCCGGCCUCCCAGCUUGCAGCCUUGCCCCGCGCAAUGGGUGGCCACUCGGAGGUCGGCAUCAAAGUCAAGGCUUACAGCUCGUGCUGAUGGCGCAGACGGCGGCCGCCAGCCGUGGGACUUCUUCCGCUUCGUGAAGACGGUGGCCUACUUCAAUGAGCUGCCCUCGCCCGACAAGCUGCUGCAGGGGUUGGUUAAGCAGCUGAGUCCGCAGGGGGCGGGGGACAGUGUCGUGCCGGUGGAGCUACCUCAGGCGUCCAGCAGCGGGGCAGUGGAGGUGCCCAUCACCGGCAUCGUCAUGGUCACAGGCGCCACGGGCGGCGUGGGGCGGCGGGUGGUGGCCCGGCUGUUGGCCGCGGGCAAGCACGUGCGGGCGCUGGUGCGCGACCUGGAGAAGGCGAGGGGCAUGCUGUCCGACCUGCCUGUGGCGCCCGGUGGCAAGCUGGAGCUGGCGGCGGCGGACGUGACGCAGCGGCAGACCCUGCUGCCAGAGAUGUUCGAGGGUGUGCGGGCGGUUGUGUGCUGCACGGCCGUCAAGGUGGUUCCCAAGGAGGGCGACACUGUGGACCGAUCCAAAUACUACCAGGGGAUCAAGUUCUACGACCCUGAGAUUCAGGGCGAUACCCCCGAGGCUGUGGAGUACGUGGGCAUGGAAAACCUGCUGGACGCGGUGGCGGACUCGCUCGGCGUGGAGGGUGGCGUGCGGCUCCUGGACGCCGCCAGCGCCAGCAGCAGCAGCGGCAGCAGCGCCGGUGCUGGUGCCGGCAGCGGCGUGGCGGGUCUGGGCGCGGGCGGCGGCGCGGUGGCUCGGUGGGGGCCGCUGGAUGACGUGGUGAUGGGCGGCGUGAGCAGCAGCGGCAUCGAGCUGGUCACGGGGGCGGGCGAGGCGGGCGGCGCCGCCUGGGUGUUCAGCGGCAACGUGUCCACGGACAACUUCGGCGGCUUCGCCUCUGUGCGCACGCGCAACCUGGAUCCGCCGUUGGACCUGAGCCCCUACGAGGGCAUCCAGCUGCGCCUGUUUGGAGACGGCCAGCGCUACAAGUUUAUCAUCCGGCCCGACUCCAACUGGGACGGCAUUGCCUACUGCAACUCCUUCGACACCACCCCCAGCACCUGGCAGACCAUCCGCCUGCCCUUUGCCGACUUCUUCCCGGUGUUCCGCGCCAAGCGCCUCAGCGGCCCCACCGCCACGCCGCUAGACCCGUCCGCCAUCAGCUCCAUCCAGAUCAUGCUGUCCAAGUUCGAGUACGACGGCGACCUCAACCCGGCCUUCCGGCGCGGCCCCUUCCGCCUGCCCUUCACCUCCAUCGCCGCCUACCUGCCCGCGGGCGUGCCGCCGCGCUUCGUGCACGUCAGCAGCGCGGGCGUGACCCGGCCCAACCGGCCCGGCAUUGACGUGAACCAGGAGCCGCCUGCCGUGAAGCUGAACGACACGCUGGGCGGCAUCCUCACCUGGAAGCUGGCGGGCGAGGACUCCCUGCGGGACAGCGGCGUGCCGUUUGCGGUGGUUCGCCCCACGGCCCUGACGGAGGAGCCGGGCGGCAUGCCGCUGGAGCUGGACCAGGGGGACACAGUCAAGGGCAAGAUUAGCCGCGACGAUGUAGCGGACCUGUGUGUGGCGCUGCUGGGCUGCCCCGCCGCCACCAACACCACAUUCGAGGUCAAGUCCACGGUGCCCUUCUCCCAGCCCUGGACCGGCCCUGAGCCCAGCGCCCCCCGCCGCGACUGGUUCGCCACGUUGAACCAGGCGCGGCUGCGGCCGGGCGUCACGGGCCGCACCGUGCUGGGCGUGUACACGGGGCGCAAGACCGAGGUGGAGGCGCUGGCGGCCGCGGGCGUGAGCACGUCGGAUGCCGCCUCCAAGCCCACAGCCACCGCGGCGGCUUGAGUGCCGUUCCAUGCAUUUCUGCAUCAACGUCUGUGUGUUGCUCAGUGGCGCUGUGGGGCGCCCGAGCUGGAUGUCAUGCCGUAGCAUACCGGUAUGCAUCCGCAGUGGACUAUGGUAUCGCACGUAGAUAGGCAAAUGAUAUUCGGUGUGCCAUGGCACACAAUGGAAUGCCCAUAUUUUUUGGCGCUGGAGUUCGGAGUGGUGUCAUGCCAUAAGCAACGCGUGCAGUAGAAGGCUAGGGGUCGAGGAAGCGGGCGCAAUUUGAUGUCGACUGGAGGCACCCUCACCAGUCAGCCCUCCUGGAUUCGCGCCCGUGCGCGCCACUACUAAAUCUGCAACAUCCAAUUUCUUUCAUGUACUGCUUAAGUAUUUGAUAUCAUGCGUCUGGUCUGUCGUAUGUCGGAGAGGAUACGGUGUGCGUGGAGGGGACGACGCGUAGAGGAGGCGUGAGGUUGUCGGGAUAGACGAGAGACUUGCGUUUGCGUUGUAAUGCAGUGGAGGACGGUUGUGGAAACAUCUGCUUUGGGAUAUGCCUUACGAUGCUCCUUGAACGUCACUUUGCUGUAAAGCCUUCACGUC